UGGGUAGGUGUUUAUGCCGAGCGGCGGGCGUCGCGGCAUUAGUGGGUGCUCAUUAAGCCUAAGCCGCCCCUCAGUGUGCCGUCCCCCGACGCGGUGCCGCCCGCACUGUGUGGGUGAACGAGGUAAAACGCCCACCAUGACGGCGCGGCAGGUCCAUUGUCACGCCGCCCGUCACUAGUGCUCCACGACGCCCACGUGCGAGCCCCGAGGCCCAGUGCGCGCGGCGUGACCAUGAACGGGAGUGUGGGCCCGGCGCCCCGGCAGCCACCCGUCUCGGCGUGGUGGAACGGCACCACGGACGACUUGGGCGGCGGCGGCGGCGCGACGAACGAGUCUGAGUACGACUACGACUACGAGGCGGCGCUGGACACGUUCUUCUGGAGCCAGCUGGCGCCGCCGUUGGCCGUGUACGCCGCCACCUACGUGGUGGGCGUGGCGGGCAACGGACUGAUCAUCUUCACCAUCUGCCGCUUCCGCCGCCUCAAGACGACCACCAACGUGUUCCUCGCCUCGCUCGCCUCCGCCGACCUGCUGCUCAUCCUGCUCUGCAUCCCCGUCAAGAUCGCGCGCCUCUUCUCCUACUCCUGGACAAUGGGCUACGUUCUGUGCAAGCUGAUCUACUACAUGCAAGCCGUGUCCGCCCUCUGCUCCGUGCUCACCCUUACCGUGCUCAGUAUGGAAAGGUGCUACGCCAUCGUGUACCCAAUGAGGGCUAUGUACGUCUGCAGCCUCACCAAAGCAAGGAGAGCUACGGUAGUCAUCUGGGCAACGUCUCUACUCCUGGCUGCUCCAACUUUGCGUGUUCAGGUGCACAUGGAGGUGGGCCACCGCGUGCGCGCGUUCUGGUGCGUGCGCGACUGGGACUCCCCGCGGCUGUGGCGAGGCUACGAGACGUACAUGAUGGCGGUGGUGCUGGUGGUGCCCGCCUCGGUGAUGGCUGCGGCGUACACGGCCAUCGGCGGCGCCAUCGUCAGCAUGGUGGCGCGGCGCCGCACCAUCACCAGCAAGGGCCAGAUGCUGUCCACAGUGGGGGGCAGCGUGGUGGAGGGAGGCAGGGGGAGCAGGACGCCCCCUCCCACACCACUUGCAAGACAACACCGUAAAGCAGGUGGUGCCCAUGCUGAUCGUGGUGGUGGUGCUGUUCAUCGUGUGUUGGGCUCCCAUCCUGGUGCUCAACAUCCUGCAGUCCUUCAAGCUGGUGCCAAACAUUGAUGUGAGAACCAUGCACCUCAGAACUGUGUUGGAUCUUCUCUCCUACUGCAACAGCUGCAUGAACCCUUUAGUCUACGGAUUCAUGUCCAAGAACUUCCGUAAGGGGUUCAAGAGGACGCUGUGUUCUCUGGCGGGACGUGGCGACGAGAACCAUCCGUCCCUGUCUCUUUCCCACACUCUCCGGCAC